AUUUUGAUAUCUGAGAACAUUUUGAUAAUGGCAAUCCUUAAAUGGUCAAUUAAAGAUUUUUAAUACCAUACAUAACGAACGUUUAACGCGACCAGAACGAUGUGGUUGUAUCAGACUAUUUUACUCUGCUGCUAUGGAUUUUUUAAAGAAAUGAAACCAUCUGAGUCGUUUCUCACUCCUUAUCUUCGAGAGGCGCCGAAGAAUUUUACAGAAACGCAACUGGUGAACGACAUCUACCCGGUAUCAACCUACGCCAAUCUUGUUGCAUUGUUUCUCGUCUUCUUUCUCACCGACUUUCUUCGAUAUAAACCGGUGAUUAUUUUUGAAGCGUUAUCAUACAUAGCCACUCGAGUUUUGCUAAUAUGGGGAACUAGCGUGCUAGCAAUGCAAUGGAUGCAAGUAGCGUAUGGUUUUGCUGUUGGUGCAGAAGUUGCAUAUUAUUCUUAUAUUUACGCAGCUGUUUCUUUAGAACACUACCAAAAAGUAACCAGUUUUACUCGUGCAGCCAUCUUGCUUGGUAGAAUGGUCGCUGGUUUGUUAGGACAGUUGUUGAUCUCGUUAAAUGUUACUGGAUAUUUGACACUGAAUUACAUAUCAUUUGGUAGUGUCCUAGUAUCAUUUUGCUUUUCGUUGAUACUACCCAGAGUAUCAAGUAGUGCCUCUGCAUUCAAUACACAAUUUGAAGAUCAUUCAAAGUUUAUGCAAGUUGUGUCACAGUGGAAAGCAUAUCUAGUUGAUUUUGCUUAUGGUUUUAAAAACUGUUACACAAGAAGGUUUUUGUUAAAAUGGUCAUUGUGGUGGGCAUUUGCAACCUGUGGUGAGUUGCAAGUUGAAAAUUAUGUUCAAAAUCUUUGGGAUGAAAUCUUCCCUUCACAUGAACACAAGAUCUAUAAUGGUGGUGUUACUGCAUUGUCACAUUUAUUUGCUUCAACUAUUGCUGUUCUUCUUGCUUUUACAAAAAUCAAUUGGUCAAUUUGGGGUGAACUGUGCCUUGCUGUAUUUUCAAUAAUUGAUUGUUUUCUGCUAUUUUUUAUGUCUGCCACCAGUAAUAUUUGGUUGGCAUAUUCCAGUUAUGUUUUAUUUCGCAUUAUUUACACUUUCCUCAUCACUAUUGCCAGCUUGCAGAUUGCAAAAAUGACAGAAAUGAAUCGUUUUGGGCUGGUAUUUGGUUGCAAUAUGUUUGCUGCUCUAGUUUUGCAAACAAUUCUUACAGCAAUUGUUGCAGAAAAAAGUGGUCUGGCGCUUCCCGUAAAAGAACAGUUUGUUGUGUAUGGUUUCUAUUUCUACAUAAUUGGAGCUGCAUUCUUGGCAAAUGCUGUUUAUUAUAUGACAGUUAUUGGAUGGCGUAUUUGCUGGCAACGACGAUAUUAUUCUUCAAUUAACAAUGAUAAUGAGAGUAGAAGUGAUGAAUCAAGUAAAGUUGAAGAAAGUAAAGCUUCAAUAAAUGCCUUAGCAAAUCUUCAUGAUCCAACAUUGUCUGGUGAACAUUCCGUAAGUACAAAUGAUUUUACUCAUCUAAAUGUGCGUUUGGCAAAAAACAAUGUAAUAUGAUGUUGAACUUUUGCCUUGUUUCUUUCACAUCACUUUAAGCAAGAUGAUUGUCUUAUUUCUACAAACUUUUUCAAAUAAAUUUAGACAGUAGCUUUUGCAGCCAUAGUUUAUAAUAAACUGAAUAGUGUUUAGAUGGGGAAAUAUAAUUUUUAUCCAAAUGAUACUAACGACAUGUUUUCAAUUACAAUGAUUGAUUUUACCAAAUGUAACAAAUAUAGUAAUUAAUAUAAUCUUACAAUACUGUAGCAUAGUGUUUAUUGUUUUGUGGCUUUCCAAUGAAAUUAGAAUUUCUUAUUUUCA